AUGAACGAAUCUAAUAAUAUAAACAACUAUAUCGGACUUUAUGACAAUGUCUAUCAACCGGAGGACUUCGACAUUGCUACAAUGAGCGAGCCCAACGACACGAACAGCGAUUAUACUGAUCAUUAUAACAACAUCCAUCAACUAGAGGGUGAUAACACCAAUAAUCAAAUUCACUUGCCCAUCACUUUGCAUACCCAACGUUAUACUCAUUUUCGCCCAGCUACAUCUUUUCUUCUCCAUAAUGAUGUCCAUAUAAACACUAUCAACUACGACAGUACCGAAAAUCUGUAUCAAGAUCCCUCUUAUUACCAAUCGCAGUUGAAUACCUCAAGUCACGAACAAGACAUAAACAAUUUUUGUCCACUCUGUGGCUCGUCCGAUGGACAGUUCGGUACGAUCAGCAGUCAAUCUAUUGCAUAUACUUUUACACCAAUGCGCACGCAAGCAUCGUUUUCAUUCAACAACUCUACAGUAAUGAACGAACCCACAAGCACCCAAUAUAUGGUUAUAAAAGAAGUGCGAAUUCAAUUAGUGUUAGGCAGGGUGCCAGCUGUUACUGGCAUUGGUGAAAUGUUGGGUUUAACUCGAAUGUGA